AUGUUUAUCGUCCCCCCGACGACGCUUACCCGCGUGCUAACCGCAGCUGAAGACGCUCUUACAGCGGCGCUCCGAGGGUUUGCGCCCGCUCGGAUUGUAUGGCCUAUGUUCGACAGGCAGAAAGCUUUAGCUCGUCUAGUGACAGCAAAGCAACCCGUGCUGCAGUUCACAUGGGGCUUUUUGGAUGGGAAAAACUACAAGGUGCAGCAGCCUCCAGAUAGAGACAUCCAGAAUGCUCACUACAACGGUUGGCUACAUGGCGUGUUCGUCACCGGUAUGCUAUGCUUCUCAGCGGACGGGCUCAUCGUGUGGGCUAAACAUAACUGUCCAGGGUCCUGGAACGAUGGCGAUACCAGCCUAGAGUUCAGGCGGAAGCUGGUGUCGGCGGAACUAAAUCUUGACGAUCGAUAUGGGGUUGUAACAGACAGUGCUUUCCCUUGCAGUGGUGACAUGAUCGGCAGGAUCAUGACCCCGCUGAAAGACGGAGAUGCAAGUAGACUGGUGCCUUCUGUUCGGGCGGCGGCGAAGGCUUUAUCAGGGGUAAUAACGUCGAUUAGACAGAGUGCUGAGUGGGGUAUGGGGUCUAUCGAGAAGGUCUACCAUCGGCUGCUGAUGCCGUUGCCGUACGACCGCAGCAAACGGCAGCAGCGUUUGGACAACAUUUUCAGGCUUACUAACUACAGAGUGAGAACCGUCGGCACUAGUGAGAUACGAACCACAUUCAUUCAUGGCGAGGACGAUAGGAGAUACACAAGAGUGAGUUGA